AUGAUUGCUUAUUAUUCUGAAAACAAUAAUAUUUCUAUUAAUUUAAUACCAAAUACAAAUUACUCAAUUGAACAAGCUCUUAAACAAAUGCCAAUCUGUAAUUCAAAAGAUCGUCCUCGUCAACGAAAUCUACUCACAAUUCUUCAUGCAUGGACUCAUUUUGCUAAUACACAUAAUAUUCAAUAUUGGAUAGCUUAUGGAACACUUGUAGGUUAUGUACAAGGUCAAGGUUUAUUACCACAUGAUUCUGAUACUGAUGUGUUAAUAUUAGCACAAGACACACAACAGUUGAUUCCUUUUUCUAAUGUCAAUUUUUCAUCAAUCUAUGAAAUUAAAGUUCAUCCACAAUGGUCUUCGGCUGGAUUUGCAAAUCGUUCUUAUUUUCCAUUACAACGUAUCAAUUUUAUAGCACCUAAUGCUCGAUUUAUACAUCGAACACUUCGUUAUCAUGUUGAUAUUUGGCCUAUUUAUGAUUAUCAUCCUGCUCAAUCAAGAAAUAGAACGAAGACUAUAAAAACUCUUACGGAAUAUAGUACAUCUUAUACAUGGAUAUCGUCACCAAUCGAAUGGACAUUUCCAUUAAAACCUUGUAUUUUUAGUAGUAUCAAAGUAUGGUGUCCAGCAAUGCCUGAAAAACUAGUAACUAUGUUAUAUGGAAUCAAAGCUCUUAACGAAACAGAUAAAAUAUGUGUUAAUGGUACUUGGAUUUAA